GUCCCUACGAGGCCAGGACCAAACUUACCAGUGCCAUUGGCAGACCUCCAGCAUGCUGCAACUGGCUCCUCUCAAUUAUCUUUGGCCAAUCUCCAAUCGCAUUUUCUGUCUCAGGCCAGCCGUCCCUCAAUUUCCACAGAAUCGGACACACCAACAACUCUUCAUGAUUUUACAGCAUGCUCUUUAGUGUCCCACAAUGACAAUCUGAGCCGCCAUCAAGAUGACUCUAUUUCUCCUGCUGAUACAUUUUCGUGCGCUAAUUUAUCUCUUCUUGUGAAUAAACAUGCUACAAACUCGUUGCUGGAAUCAUACAGUGCUCCUUUAGCAGUUGUAAACCGAAACCUUAACAAGCUAGGCAAUUUGCAGCAGCGGGAUAAGUCAGAACUAGAUCUUCCUCAAGUAAUUGUUCUAGCAGAAGUGCGGGUUCACUGUAAGAGUCAGCAAGCUGAGUCGAGUGUGAUGGCACCAACAACAAUUGCCAUGACUACACAGACGGCGAAGAAGAUCGCAACAGUUGCUGUUGAAGAAAGAACCGCAGCGCUACUGGAUCAUAAGCAUUCCAAAUCUUCUAAAAUAGCCAACAUUUCGGCGAUUGUAACGAAGUCACUACUUAAUCUUAAGCCUGUCCAAGCUAAACAAUUUAAUAGAGCAAUAACGGAGAUCCUUUCGAAGUUUAAACUAUCCUUUUUCCCCCUUUACCUUUUCAUUUUGGUGGACAGCGAACGAGAGCUUACCAGCACUCUUGGCGAGCAUGAUAAAUGUUUCGAGCCUCCUCCGAAUUAUUUGCCCAUGGACUGUGACCUGAUAAUAAAUCAGAGUCUCCUAAAUUCGAGAGGAGAUCGCUUCGGAGAUGCUCUAAGUAUACUUAGCUCUAGUGUGGUUUUGAUCGCAUUAAUCCUCAGAGGAUCGUCCGCCGACCUCGACAAACCAUUGAUUGCGGCUGUUUCUUCUAUCAUGAAAAAGGCACAAGGCCAUGUUUUACCGAGUCUUAAGAAGGGUUUUACUCCAGAUAAAGUUAAUUUUAAAACUGGCUAUAUUACUUUCAAUGUGAAAAUAAAUAAGAAAUUUGACCAUGUCGAUUUUGCCGAUUAA